AACAACAGAUAUUACUCAACAUCUAUAGCAUCAACAACGAUCAGUUCAUCGUCUGUCUCUGGACACAACUUGCAUGUAUCCCCAGAGAAAGUUAAAGUAUAUAUGUCCACGACCAACGAUCCUUUGUUCAACAUUGCCACAGAGGAUUGGUUGUUUAAGACAUUUGAUCUUAACGCUCAGACACUCUUCCUCUGGAGGAAUGCCCCAACCUGUAUCAUUGGAAGACAUCAAAACCCCUUCAAAGAGUGUCAUCUUCAGCAAAUGGAGAAGGAUGGUGUUACACUUUGCAGACGAUACUCUGGAGGAGGCGCAGUAUACCAGGACAUGGGCAACUCAAUCUACACCUUCUUGUCACCGACCAACCAGUAUGAUAAGGCAAGGAACUCUGAUAUAUUGAUCGACUCUCUACGAAAGUUUGGAGUGAGAGCAGAGCUUUCAGGUAGGAAUGACUUGGUCGUGGAUGGCAAGAAGGUUUCAGGUGCAGCCUUCAAACAAUCAGGACCACGUUCUUUCCACCACGGCACCAUGCUUCUUGAUCUUGACCUGAACGCAUUGCAACGCUAUCUUAAUCCCAACAAGGAGAAGCUAAGGUCAAAGGGCAUCACCAGUGUAAUCAGUCGUGUGUGCAACCUAAAGACACUGGUGCCACACAUCACACAUGAACAAUGGUGUCAAUCAGUGAUGGAUAGCUUCUUUAGAUGCUAUGGAAAGAGAUGCGACGUGGAAGAACUCAGUCGAUCAGAUCUACAAAAGAUUCCAGCUCUGAAAGAGGUGUACGAUGUACUCUCCAGCUGGGAGUGGCGCUAUGGUUCCACGCCAUCCUUUGACCAUCAAUUGGAGCACAGAUUCGAUUGGGGCACUGUGGACAUUAAUUUCAAUUGCAAUCGUGGCAUUGUGGAGAGUUGCAAGAUAUACUCAGACUCUUUGAAUCCCUUGAUGAUAGAGCUGCUAUCAGAGAACCUGGUUGGAAUCAGAUACAACGAACUUGGAGUGCUAGAAGCUCUGGACAAGGUCAAAACAAUAUUGCCAGACACUGAAAGAGAGAUUGAGGAGUUGAAGAUAUGGUUAGUGCAACAG